AUGUCAAAGUUGCCUGGUCUUGUAUCUUCGCGGAUCAAUGAAAUAAGGAGGAUUUAUGUGGAAGCAAACAACAGGAUUGUUGAUGAGAUGGACUCAAUGGUGGACAAGUUUGUGAAGAGUACUGGAGGCAUCCCGGAUAUUUCUCCGGAAGUCAGUGCAUAUCUAGAAGAGAGGAUUAGGCGCAUCCGUGAGUUCGUUGUUGACAGCAUAGGGUUCUCUAUAAGCGAGUUCAAGACCUUGUACAAUCCCAAUGGAAGCGAGAAUGCAAAGUCAAGAAGAUUCCCGAAGUUCAUAACCGAGGCACUGGAAAGAAGUUUCGAAGUUGACCAAUAUCCAUCUGAGGCGGAAAAGGCGAGGCUUGCAAGAGUGUGUAAGCUCUCGACCAAGCAAAUAAAUAACUGGUUUACGAACAAAAGGAAUAGAAGCAAAGGCCAUGACGGGAGUAGGCAGUAUUAG